AUGUCAACUGACAGGCAAAUCAUUCUCCAAAAGAUAGAGUCAAUCAUAUCAGACAUUGCUCGUUCGCUCUCACGUAACGAGACUCCUAAAUACACCAUCUUAUCAAAAUCUCGCUCCAACGUUCAACGAGAUGCAGCUAGUAUACAGCUGGGAACAGCAACCACAGAGAUUGAGAUGUUUGGCCGGCAGGGAGCCUCUACUCUGAAGUUCUCAAAGUGGUUCAGCCAGAACGACUUUAACAGGUGUUUUGAGGAUGUACUGCGCAUCCUGGAUGUGCCACGGCGCGCACUCGGCCUCUCCGCUGCGCCCAAAGGGAGCAUAGCGGGCGCAGUGAAAGUGAAACAAGGAUCAGAAGAAAUAGACUGUUUGCUGUUAGGUAACUCUGGUUACGAGCUCCCCGGGGACAUGUCAAACGUAAAGUUAGAGUCUCUAGGAGCUAGGUACGUGCUGGUUGUGGAGAAGGAUGCUGUUUUCAAGACACUAUGUGACAAAGUUAUCUGGAACCAGGUGCCCUGUAUUUUAAUAACAGGUCGGGGUUACCCGGGUCUAGCUGUGAGGGAGGUUGUGUCACGAUGUGAACAGGAUUUCAAACUUCCUGUGCUGGGAUUGUUUGAUUACAAUCCACAUGGUCUGCAAAUCCUGUUAACUUAUCGGUUUGGAAGUACUAGGAUGGGACGAGAAGGAAUCCAAUACACUUCAAAUAUUCAGUGGCUUGGGCUGCAUUGGUUUGAUGUGAAGGAUGCAGAUGCUAAGCAUUUUAAAAAGUUUGGCAAGAAGGACACACAGGUAUGUGACUCUCUGUUAUCACAGCCCUUUGUCAAUCAGAGGCAGCGGUAUUACAACGAAGUGGCACAAAUGAAAAGGCAUCGUGUCAAACUUGAACUUGAGUCCAUCGACGAUAUGAAAGAGUUUGUUGUUAACAAAAUAUUGAAAAAGAAAUAUUUCGAUGAUCGUUUUCAUGAAUGUUGA